CUCUCUCUUCCUUCUCUCACCUUGCCCGCCAGCACUAAACCAACCUCCAACAUCCGCGCAAACCAUCAUAUUAGCUUUUUACCAGUCGCUUGAGUACGGCUCAUCGAUCGCUCCUCCUAUUUGAACCCGUCCCUUAUUUCACUCAUCGCGUAUCAUCAUGGCUGGUCGUGGAGGCGGUGGAGGUGGUCGCAAGACCUUGCUCGCGCCGAUUCAUUUUAUUUUCAAGCUUCUUCAACAACGCUCCACCGUUUCUAUUUGGCUCUAUGAGCAAUUGGCUUUUCGUAUAGAAGGCAAGAUUAGGGGAUUCGAUGAGUUCAUGAAUCUCGUCGUUGAUGAUGCGGUGGAGGUCAGGCUGGCUACAAAGACCGAAGAAGAGAAGCGCCGGCCUCUAGGCCAAAUCCUACUUAAGGGAGAUAACGUCUCACUCAUUCAAGCCGUUCAGUGAUCAUAGGGGCCGUAGGAAGCAUACGGAAAAGAAAUUUCAAAAUUUUUUUGCCAGGCUACGACAAUAUCUAUUUCUCUUUAAUCAUGUCUUUUUACGGGUUGCCGCUGGGAGACACUCUUGCACAUCAAUUAAAUACACGGAGUCCUGACACGAGAGGGAAUUCUUUUUUGGGCUACAAAUUAGUGGUGACGGACGAAGCACCCAUUGUCGCCAACGAUGAGAACAUCUACUGGCCAGUCAUGGUUUGCAACGGGUAUCUGUUCGGUCGAGGGCAAAGUUUGCUCCUUGAGAGAGAGGGCAACUGGGCGAAGGUUAGGCAAGAAUAAAAAAGCUGUGCUUCUUCAUGCGUUGGGAGGGCUCUCACCAAGUAAAGGCAUUUUUGGCGUCGUUGUCUUACUCUCAACC